UAAGGUCAUUUCCAACGUUGCCACUUGCCAAUUGAGUACAAUCUAGGGUUCCUAAUAUUCUCCGAUUCAAUUCCCAAUUUUCUCAAAAUUGAGGCCCAAGAUUAAGUUCUGAUCGUCUUCUCCACCUUCUUACGCCGAUCAAUACGUCCUCCCUUUUGUAAUUGAAUAAUUAGGGUGAAAACUAUGCACAUAGAGGAUUUGAAGGAGGAGGAACAGGGGGAAUUAUCCGGUGGUGGUAAGCUGUUGUGUAAAACUGAUGGGGAUAUGGCGGUGUCUCGGGAUGCGAAGAGAGUUUUGGUUGGAGCUGGGGCGCGAGCGCUCUUUUACCCGACGUUGCUUUACAAUGUUCUCAGAAAUAAGAUUCAGGCUGAGUUCCGGUGGUGGGAUUGGAUUGAUGAGUUUGUAUUGUUAGGUGCUGUUCCAUUCCCAUCUGAUGUUCAUAGGCUAAAGGAGCUCGGCGUUUCUGGGGUUGUCACCUUGAAUGAGUCAUAUGAGACUUUAGUUCCAUCGUCUCUAUAUAAAGCUCAUGGUAUCCAUCAUUUGGUGCUUCCCACGAGAGAUUACCUCUUUGCUCCAUCCAUAGUCAAUAUAUGCCAAGCUGUAGAUUUCAUUCAUGAGAAUGCAUCCCAGAGGCGAAGUACAUACAUCCACUGUAAGGCUGGUCGGGGACGCAGCACAACCAUUGUCAUCUGUUAUCUAGUGAAGUAUAGGCAGAUGAAGCCUGAUGCGGCAUAUGAUUAUGUGAAGUCAAUACGACCAAGGGUCCUCUUAGCAUCUUCCCAGUGGAAGGCUGUCCAAGAAUUUUACCAUCUCAAGAUGAAUGCUAAUAGCUCAAGCCAGUUGACUGGUCUAUCCCUAAGUCCAAGGUUCUUGGCUAAGCGAGAUCUCUUUGCAUUUGACGAUGGCUCUGUAGUUGUUAUAACAGAGACAGAUGUUGAUGGAUAUGUUCGAGGAGACGAGCCUGGAAUUGCUGGAAAUGAGAUAUGGGCAGAUGUGAGUUUGAUAUACCGAGUUAAAGUUGCUGGUGAUGCAGCUCUGGCCAGACUCUCCGGACUCUGGUUUAUUUGGAAUUCUCGUCAAAAGAUUUCAAGCAAGAAGCUAUCUAGUGAUGGUGGUUGUGCAGUUAAUGGAAGCAACUGGAAAGUUUAACCGUAGAUGUUUAGUAUGUAUGUAUGUAUGUUCUUCUGAGUUGUGAAUAUCUGGGUUCUUUAUAUAGAGCAAAAUACUGGUCUCGAGAAAUCUGUAAACGUUCCCUUCGUAAAUUGAGACUCGUUUCUUUCUGAAAAUACUUUUGCUUAAGAACGAACUCUGUUUCAUUAAGCAACGGUUCAAUUCUGUGUGCAAUUUGCCAUUCAGGACCAUAGUUACAAUUAA